AAAUAUUCCGUCUAAAAUAACUAGAUGUGUCUGUGGUAGAGUGAUUGUUUUUUGCGCUAAUCUCACGUGUUUACCAACAUUUCUUCGUACUGGGACGGCAUGAAAACAAUAUUCGAAGUAGCCAGCAGCACAGGUGACUCCCACGUUUCUAGCGAUUCGUUAAAGUAAACAUUGAAGCGAGGCAUUCGGAAGAGUGUGGUUAAAAAAGUGUCGUGAAGUGCGUGAAUCACCAUGUCCACAUCAUACUCGAUGACUCCGGAAAGCGAUGCAUGGGCCCUGCUCGCUCUGAAAUCGGCCCCGGCCAGUCCGUCGAAGGUGCAAUGGAGCCCCGACGUGAAAGGGGAGCCGAUCGCUCGAAUAGAAGGCCGCGAUUUCGAAUAUUUCGUCCGGCAAAAUCGCAUAAUCAUAGGUAGAAAUAGUUCACGUGGUGAUGUAGAUGUAAAUAUGGGACAUUCUAGUUUUAUAUCGCGGAGGCAUUUAGAAGUUUUCUUCGAACAUCCGUAUUUUUACAUGCUGUGCAAUGGAAAGAACGGCGUCUUUAUCGAUGGAGUUUUCCAAAGGAAAGGAGCCCCUUCAAUCAAGUUACCCAGGACGUGCACUUUUAGAUUCCCAAGUACAAAUAUCCGACUGUCAUUUCAAUCAAUGGUGGACGACAACGCAGAACCGCCUCCCCAAGUCAGGGAGGUAUCGCCCAGUAGGAUAAGAGACAGAUCGGGCGGCGGCGCCGCCUCCGCCUUACAUCCCCUAAGGAUCAACAUACCCGAUGGCAUAGAUUACGGUAGCCCUUUCCCAUCCCCCACCGGCACCAUCAGCGCUGCCAACAGUUGUCCAGCUAGUCCAAGAGGGGGACAUGGCGGCUCGCACAUCAUCAACCACGGUAACAAACGAAACGUUCAAGCGGAUCUGCAGAUGGUCGCCCAUUACGCCGCCCAAGUGGCCCAUCGAGACGACACCCACCACGUUCCUUCUAGCCAUAGUCCUGAGUACAGACAGCCUACGUCUAACGGGAACGCUGUACAACCGGUGGUUGUGGACAGUUCGUACGGGGCCGGCGGUAGCAAAGACGAUUCCAAGCCGCCCUAUUCGUACGCGCAACUCAUAGUUCAAGCCAUAGCGAGCGCUUCGGAUAAGCAGCUAACCCUGUCAGGAAUCUACAGUUAUAUAACGAAAAACUACCCGUAUUACAGGACCGCCGACAAGGGCUGGCAGAACUCCAUCAGGCACAACCUCAGUCUAAACCGAUAUUUCAUCAAGGUACCUAGAAGCCAGGAGGAGCCCGGCAAGGGUUCGUUUUGGAGGAUCGAUCCCCAAUCGGAGUCUAAAUUAAUAGAGCAAGCUUUCAGACGGAGGCGGCAACGGGGCGUUUCGUGUUUCCGAGCACCCUUCGGUUUAAGUUCCAGAAGCGCUCCGGCUUCCCCGUCGCACGUCAGCAUGUCGGACAUCAUGACGCCGGAUUGCUUAUCCAGAGAAGGUUCUCCGACGAUGGAACAAAUCGUUGAUAUGAGCCAAUCGGCCCCCGGCAGUCCCGGCAAUCCUGUCACCGUGUACGCCGGUUCGGGGGGCUUGAUAGGCCAUCAACAAAUGACGGCGCUCGUCGGCGCUUCCAAGCCGAUAUCACUGUCUCAUUGCCCAGUUAACACCGACGCUAAUUCCAACGGACAGGAAUACAGAGAAGAAAAAUACAAUAUCGAAGAAAGCUCGUUGUCUCCGGGUGGAUUUUCAUCACAACCAGUUAUAGUCCAAGCUGCAAACUACGCGUACAGCAGCAGCAAUUACGCGAACGUGGGCUUGGAUUUGAAGAGGCACGCGGAGGAGCAGAGCGUGGAGAGUUCCUCGAGCGGCGGUGGCGACAACGCGGAGGGCGAGAUCGACGCGAAGAGACCGAGAGUCGAUCAGAUCAAGUUCGAGACGGAAUAAAAUUCCGCCAUUUCGAGACGGUCAGCGAUUUUACUGUGCUUUAAUUGAAGGAAUAAAAGUUAAUAUAAAAAAUUUUUGAAGCUAUAAAAUACUGAAGGAUUUUAAUAAGAAUCACACAAUUCGAUGUAGAACCGUCAGACGUGGUUAAUGUUAGUAUUUUCUCUAAUUAGGAAAUAUAUUUUUUAACGGUCCCGAUAUGUGGAUCGUGCGCAGGUGGGAUGGAAAUUGAGUGAAUGACUAGUUUCGAAAAAUCAAUGCUUCUUAUCGCUUUUAAUAUUUUGUAAUAUAGAGUUGAUUGUAUUUAUUUAGAAUACAAAACGUUUUGAAUUCCGAGAAUUUUUAUUAGUUUAAGUGUAGCUGAUUUUUUCAGAAUUAAUCUCAUUCUACAUACAAAGUUUUCAUUAUGUUGACAAGUUUUUUUUAUAUAUUUUGGUACUAAAUCUACUUAAUUUUUUACUUAAAACGUUUUAAUACUCGGGACCUCGUAAGUCAUCUGUACUAGUCACCUAGUAAAAAAUACUUUACUACCAGGACACCUCUCGUAAAGAAAAUGUAUUAUUUUAAUCGUUUCUUCGAUCUGUGAUGAGCCACCAUUAUCACUCAAAUUCUGAAACACCUCCGUACGCAAAAAAAAUCGAUUUUCUCAAUAAUUAGGCGUUUCUUAUAAUGUUGUUCCCCGAAUUUCGAAAAUAUUUAGAAAAGUUGAAUAUUGUUUCUGAUUUUCUUUGAAAAAAUAUUGAAAGUUUUUGUUUAAAUAUAUUUUGUUUUUCCAAAAGUUAUCCUAUGUACAUAAAUAUUACGUACUUGUAAAUGUACAUGUUUAAUUUGUUGAUUUUUAUUUUAU